UUUCAACCUCCAAUUCGCUGGCCGGGCAGUCGUCACAGCUUCCUCCUUCCCCCUUUUCGUUACAGUUUGGUACACAACGAACAACCUGGAAGACGGGAAACUCACAACUGAAAUCGUCAACUCCCGUCCCGACCGACUGAAUCCGAGUCAGGCCCUGUCCGCUCCCUUGCUUCAAGUCCACUUUGCUUUCCUCACACCACAGUUGACCCUGCAGAAUAAUUCCCACCUGGCGACAGCACGCUGCCCGUCAUUUCUGUCCAUUGUCUAGCGACCCCAUCUUCAUCACUACUCACCACGCAGUCCACGCUAGCGUACUUUUUUUGCUGCUACAGUAAUUCGAGAACAUCCUCAACGUUUGGAGGUCAAUUGCCUUGGACCGUUCUGAGUUGUACAUCGCUACCUACUCUGUUCCGGCUUCUUCGCAACUCCAGUCCGACAUCUCAUCGCUCCUUGUUGCAUUCAGGCACCAUCACGUCCUGUCUACCUACUACAACGUCCAAGUUCACUUCCCGUAUAAGUCGGUAUCAUGUCGAACCUCUUUUCUGGAAUAAAUGCCCGCCUGAGAGGCACGGCAAACAAAACCACGUCAAACAAAACCCCCCCAAUCACCCGCCACCGACGAUGUUCACCAUCAUCAUAUGCCCUCACCCAGCAACAACUCCAUCUCCAGCCAGAGCUCAGCCAACCUGUCCUCCAAGCUACCGCCACUUCCUGCCUCACCCUCACUAUCUCAGUCAAUCGGUAUGAUGGGCACUGGUGAAGAGGCCCUCAACGCCUAUCAUCUUCCCAGGCCACUGCCACUGUGGCUGAACCCGACGGCCGCGAAGCACAUCGUCAAGGGCAACUUUAUGACACUCAGCGCUAGGCCCAAGACGGUGGAGCAGGGCGAGUGGAUUGCUCAUCAAGUGGUUGAGCAUUACCGCAACUUGUGGAACUUUGUCAGAGUUGUAUACGAAAAGGAAGAGGAUGGAAAGUCGAUUUGCAACUCCAUUACCUGCCCCAGGAUGUCCGCUGGAACGAACCACUCGUACACGUGGCUAAACAGCCGCUUUGAGCCCAUUGAGCUCCCAGCAUAUGAGUACAUUACUCUGAUGCAGCGGUGGAUUUCGGGCAAGAUUGACGAUACCAAGAUGUUCCCCACCGAGGCGUCGGGGGUUUCGUUUGCGCAUAACCCUCAGAUUACCACAACGGCACUUUUGACGGGUCCUGACGACUGGAUCGGCAAGCGCAGCGGAUUCCCCAAGGAGUUUUUCAACAUUUGCCAGACCAUCUUCCUCCAGAUGUUCCGCGUCUACGCUCACCUUUACUGGGCCCACUUUACGGAGCCCUUCUACCAUUUGAACUUGGAGAAGCAACUCAACAGCUGUUUCAGCCAUUUUGUGCUGACAGCGACCGCCCUCGAUAUGCUCAAGCCGGCCGAGCUUGAGCCAAUGCAGCCUUUGAUUGAUCUCUGGGCCGCCAAUGGUACCUUUCCACCGGAAUCGAAGGCUUAUGAGUACGCCAACUUGAAGGUUGGCACUCGCCUGAUGCAGAUGGCAGGCCUGGCUUAAUUACAGGAGCAUGAAGAAAACAAGGGGAUGUUAUGGGGAAAAACAGAGCAUAUCAUGAUGAGGCUUGUCAACAUGUGGAGUAUCCUGAUCUAUCUCGGUUAUGUUGGGUUACUCUAGAGGAUAGAUAAUGGCCAUGUGUACAUUGAACGGGAGUUAGAUGUGGCAGGCCAGAAAAGCGAUGGAUGAGGAGACUAAUACCAAGACGAAAAGUAUCACUAUAUAUAUCUGGGCGUUUGCUGAAGGAAAAUGGCUUGUCCUUACUGGGAUGCUGACUCGAGAGGGCAAGGGGCAGUUAGAUCUCUUAGUCGCUUGAGUGUUCGAAAGAAGGUUGAGAAGUGAUGGCUCAUUUAUCAUGGAUCUGAAUGGCGUUGAAAGGGAAAUGCCAGAUCUCUACAAUACAACACCCUUCAAGAUAUCCAAA